AUGAGCACGGAAACAGGUCAAAAAAACUCCAAUUUUCUCAAUUUUCUACUCUUCGGCUUUGUCACUGCAAUCGCCUUCUACUCGGGCACUCAGUUCAACAAACCCGCUGAUCCGCAGGCAGUAAGAACUCAUUUUCUCUUGUUUUGACCGAAAAUCUGUUCGAUUUCAGCAAAUCAGCCAUGCCAGUUUGUAUUCCGUGAAGAAAUUCGACGAUGGAGCCAAGGAGUUCUCGAUUGUGCUCGUCACGGACCUUGAUCAGGACAGCAAGGACGGAAAGAAGUGGAAGAGUUUGGUGUCCCGUGGAUAUUUGAAGGUUUCUGCUGACCAAAAGCACGCCAACAUUCAUUUCGACGAGAACUCCGAAUACUACGUGGAUACGUAAGGUUUCUGUUUGGAUAACCAAACAAUGAUCAUCAGUUUAGUAACAUUGCCGCCGGUGGCCGUGCUAUGGAGUUGUCUGACCUCGCCGUCUUCAAUGGUAAACUGUACUCGAUCGACGACAGAACUGGUCUUAUUUAUCAAAUUAGCGACAAGAAGGUGAGUGAUGACGGCCGCCAAUCGGUCAUAACUGCUUUUGUUGUUGUUUUCAGGCCAUCCCAUGGGUUUUGCUGAAUGACGGACCCGGAAAUGUCCACAAGGGACUGAAAGGAGAGUGGAUCACUGUCAAGGAUAACGAGCUGAUCGUCGGAGGACUCGGCAAAGAAUGGACGACGACUGAGGGAGAAUACGUGAACGACCAUCCGAUGUGGGUGAAGCACGUUUCCGCCGACGGAGCUGUUCACCACGAGAACUGGAAGGACGUGUUCAUCCGAGUGCGCAGAGCCGCCGGAAUCGAGUACCCCGGAUAUAUGAUUCAUGAAGCGGUGCAAUGGUCUCCGAUCCACAGAAAAUGGUUCUUCCUCCCAAGAAGAAUGUCGACCGACAAGUACUCGGAGGCUGAGGACGAGUCUCGUGGUACCAACGUUUUGAUAAUUGGAAAUGAGUCGUUGACCGACUUUGAGGUGGUCAGAGUCGGAUCCGAUGAGCACAAAUCCCGAGGAUUCUCUGCUUUCCAAUUCGUCCCGAAUACUCACCAUCAACUUAUUGUUGCCAUCAAGUCUGAGGAGAAGGUAAUAAAUAGCUUAUGGCAAAUUUAGAAAACAUUUACAUUUCAGGACGGAAAGCCAGUGGCCAGUUAUGCCAGCGUGUUCGACAUUCACGGAAAUGUCAUCCUCGACGAUUUCCAACUCCACGGACCAUACAAAUACGAGGGAAUCGCAUUUGCCUAA